AUGGGUCUUUUAGUCGAGGCGCCACGAAAUAAACUCUGCUCGUUGUUUUCCAGGUGCAACCUUAGCUGCUUAGUGGCUGUGGGCAGGGUGCAUGGAGAUUUGGCCAGCAGCCCUGCGACAAGGACCACACUCGAUGCCGAGGCGGUACAGUUCGUCUCUAGGCACGCGGCCGACGGAAAGUUUCUUUUCAUAGACAAGAAGGCAACGUUGAUCCUUGGUUACCUACCACAAGAACUGCUUGGCACAGCGUGCUACGAGUACUACUGCCAGGACGACGUAUUGAGACUGUCCGAAUGCCACAAGAAAGUUCUACAAACGAACGAGGUAGUGUGCACGCAGCCAUACAAGUUCCGCGUCAAGGAAGGUUCUUUUGUCUGCCUCCAAACUCAAUGGAAGGCGUUCAAGAACCCAUGGACCAAGGAACUCGAGUGCCUCGUUGCCACCAACACGCUCAUUGGAUCUCAAGAGGUGGUUAUCGUGGACAGUUCGAACGGCCAGCUGGACGAACUACUGUGCGGAGGUUCGGCCGUCGGCAGCGGCCAGGGCAUGGACGUGGUCAUGCACAGCGCCGUGUCCUCGGACCACGGGAGAGGAGUCAUGACCCAAGCCAGGGGUCCAAUGGCGGCUCCUCUCGCAAGUGGUGCAAGUCGUGUAGGUGCCGGCAAGAUUGGCCGCCACAUUGCCAUGCACGCGCUCGGCAACCAGGCAAAAUCGAAAGAAGCCUGCCCGAGUUCGAGUGCCACCGUUCUGGAUGCAAGCUGCAUUAGCGCGACAACAAACCAGCCAUCCACGUCAGAGGAAGCGAGGAAAGCGUUCGGUAGCCCAUCGCCCAGCACAGUCCUCGUCGGGCCCGGUGACCGGAACGGCGAGAUGCAGACCGACUCGCCCGAGCCACCGCCUCAGUCGGGUCACGCUGCUGCGUCGUUCAGGUCCGCGUCGCCAGCCAAUCAGGCCAUGGCAGAGUCCGAUCUGGACUUGGUGAACAGCUUCGUGAGUCGGGACAUCCUGACCGCCGGAAGUCAGGGCAACAGCGAAGGAAACGACGAGGCUGCCAUGGCGGUCAUCAUGAGCCUGCUGGAAGCGGACGCUGGACUUGGCGGACCGGUGGACUUCAGCGGCAUGCCGUGGCCCUUGCCUUGAUACACCCGUGCGCGCCUCCUGUUUACGCGGACUCUCGCGAACCGCUCGUCGUGUGGAACGGAGAAGAGCACACCAUCUAUGGGCAUGCAUCCAAAGGCACUGCAGCUGUUCAGUAUUCACUCCCGAAGUGCGUGUACGUUACCGCACAGAACUCCAAGUCGCGCGUCGUUAAAGACUGAGUCCAGCAGAAAACGUUUCAAGGAACUGACGUCCAUCGUGGUUUGUGGUAAAGAAAAAACCAUGUGGUGUGCCCGUCAUUGAGUGCUGGUUUUAUUAUUUAGGCGCUCUGUGUUUUAACAGCGAGUUCUGCUUCUACAAAGCGAUGUCGGUUGUGCUCCGCUAUCCCCUGUCCAAAGAUUGACGUCUGGCCAUGUUAUACAACCGCUUCGCAAGCAGCUCCUGCUGCGCAUUCCUUGAAUGCGUAAACGCACACCUUUGGAGUCGCAGGCCUUAGGUAAGGAUGAACUAAGGAACAUCGUUACGAAGCACUGCACUGGCAGUGGUAGCGAUCAUUUGCGAUUGGACCGGAGCAUGUUAACAGCUGGUUGUGCAGUGCUCGCAAAACAGGCAAAACAAGUGUCGGAUUUGCCCCGUUUUUGUGUCCUCCCCUUUGCAAAGCGUCAGCCGGUGUCCAUACUGUGAGCCCCAGUGCAGGGUAGCAUACCGGAUACAAACUUCUGGUUAACCUCCCUGCCUUCCUCUGCUCUCUCUCUCUCUCUCUCUCGAGGGCACGUGAUCUUAUGCGGGCUUUGGUUGGCAUGCAGUUAGCAAUGAUAGACAGAGGUAUCAUUCCAUAGACGCGUCGCGUCGUAUACGCAAAGUCGAGUCGUCGCAGCAGUAUUUUCGACAUGAUGAGAGCUGUGAUAUCACGGAAUGUACCGAAACAUCACUCUACUUGCGGCAAAGGUAAAUAAAGUUUCAGCCGAGCUACAGUCCGAGUCACGUUGAGUAAGUUUGAACGUUGCCUCAACGGUCAUCGUGAAGGCUUUGUUCGUGUCAUGAAUUUCAUAAAUUUCAUCGCAGUAUUUCGCGUCUGAAGUAAGCAAAUAGUGAUAUGCAGCCAACGAAAUUGAGCGCUGAUUCUGUGUUCGCCUUAUAUAAGGUGUUUGGUGCAGUGGUUUUAUACCGAAAGAAAGAGUGCAGCCAAAUGAUAUUCGAUGGUGUCUAUAACGAGAACCCGUGGAAAGUGUGCUCGUAAAAUUAAUGACCAAAUUUACGAAUAUAUGUGUCAAUAUCAAAGUCAUUACGCCAGUUCGCGAUGUUACUGUACCUUAGCCUAUUGUAUUAAAGUUAUUCCCUUUCUCCUG